AUGGCUCAGAUUCAGACAUGCAAGGCUAUUGCAUCCACUGACUAUCACUCGUCCACAGAGAGCGGAAAGUUGCUGAACCAACCUUGGCCCCGCUGGCUAGGCGUCGUGGGCAGCUUGUACACGUCCACUAACAGAAUCUGGGCUAGAAUUUUUCAAAACUCCACAUUUGUUUCCUGUGUUAGAAAGAGAAUCCUGAACAAGUUGAACUUGGAAGUUGAAUUAAGUUGUCUUAGAAGUGGCUCCAAGAAGAUUCUCCACCUGUGUCAGCACAGCAAUUGUGGAGGAGGAGCUUGCCAUCCAACAGGGUCAACUGGAGACAAUCCUGAAGGAGCUUCAGUCCCUGAGGAACAUGCAGAAAGAUGCUAUUGCUGCUUUCAAGGUUUCCAGGAAAACAAGCUACAUCUGCAGCAGCAUAUAUCCCUGGAGUUUCUAAAGCUGCAUCAGUUCCUGCACAACAGAGAAAAGGACAUUUUAAAUGAGCUCCGGGAAGAGGGGAAAGCCUUGAAUGAAGAGAUGGAGCUGAAUAUGAACCAGCUUCAGGAGCAUUGUCUCCUAGCCAAGGACAUGUUGGUGAGCAUUCAGACACGGAUGGAACAGCAGAACUCCUUCGACUUUCUCAAAGACAUCACAAGUUUCUUGAAUAGCUUGGAGCAAGGAAUGAGAGUAUUGACACCCAGAGAGCUUAUCUCCAGAAAGCUGAACCUGGGCCAGUUCAAAGGUCCCAUCCAGUACAUGAUAUGGAGGGAAAUGCAGUCCACUCUCUCUCCAGGCCUAUCUCCACUAACUCUGGACCCUAAAACAGCUCACCCAAAUUUGGUGCUCUCCAAAAACCGAACAAGUGUGUGGCAUGGUGACAUCAAGCAGGCGUUGCCUGAUGAUCCAGAGAGGUUUGACUCAAGUGUGGCUGUGCUGGGCUCAAAAGGAUUCACAUCUGGAAAGUGGUACUGGGAAGUAGAAGUAGCAAGGAAGACAAAAUGGACAGUUGGAGUUGUCAGAGAAUCCAUCAUUCGAAAGGGCAGCUGUCCUCUAACUCCUGAGCAAGGAUUCUGGCUUUUAAGACUAAGGAACCAAACUGAUCUAAAGGCUCUGGAUUUGCCUUCUUGUAGUCUGAAACUGAUAGACGACCUCAACAGGGUGGGCAUAUACCUGGAUUAUGAAGGAGGGCAAGUGUCCUUCUACAAUGCUAACACCAUGAUGCACAUUUAUACCUUCAGUACCACUUUCAUGGAGAAAGUUUAUCCCUACUUCUGCCCCUGCCUUAAUGAUGGUGGAGAGAAUAAGGAACCAUUGCACAUUUUACAUCCACAGUAAUUGGGCAUACUAUUGUAUAAAUUCAGAGUGAUAUUAAAGAGGUAUUGAAAUAGUUUA